AAAGUAAACGCGUGUCGCAUUUGAUAGUUCUUGUGUCGGCGGCCACCGUCCACCCGCUUCAAUUGGGGGCGAUAAUUGGAACCCUAAUCGGACCUUCGCUUCCCUUCGAUUCCUCCCCAAAAAUCACCGAGACUCACCGGCAUCCUCCGCAAAAAAUCCUCAAAACCAGUUUGGGAAUCCCCCGAGAAGCUCCGAUCUCUCUCCCGCGACGAUGCUUCUCUCUCCCGGCCACUCUCCUCGCCACCUCUCGUCUCCGUCCCCAUCUUCUGCCCCCGACGAAUCCUUUAGACCCCCGAGCGCUUCUUCGUCGAUCGCCCCUCCCAACCCUCGGAAGCGGCCCGCCGUCCUCGACGAGGACGCGUACGUCUCGGCCAUCGAGAGGAUCAUCGAGCGCGACUUCUUCCCCGACAUAUCGAAGCUCCGCGACCGCCUCGACUGGCUCGAGGCCAUCAGGACCGGCGACCCCAUCCAAAUCCGCGAUGCCCAGCUGAAGAUCAUGGAGCGCCGCGGCAGGAGGGCGGGCAGCACGAGCGCUAGGGGCAGGACGCAGACGCCUGGCUCGACCUUCGCGCGCAAUUUCACUCCUUUGGACGAGUUCGAUGGUAAGACCCCGAGAACUCCGGGCGCUUUGGGUGGGGAGGGGGUAGGUGGUUUAGAAGGAGGGGAGGGUGAUUCCGGUGUGGAUGUCUCGCUGUCGUUGGACGAGUUCUUUAGGCGGUACACGAGCGAGGAUAAUGAGAGCUUUUCGAAGAUUCUGGAGAAGGUUAAUAAGAAGAGGAAGGAGAGGUAUGGGUACUUGCUGGAAGGCGAGAAGGAGGAUGUGAAGGCAAUUGAGGAUGUCAAGACGGACAGAAUUACGGAUGGGUAUGGGACGUCGGAUCAGCCAGUGAGUACUUUGGAAGGGUGGAAAUAUACGCCAAAGAAUCUCUUGAUGUACCAUCCUGCUGAUCGGGGGGAGGCUCCGUUGACGGAGGAGGAAAUGGCUGCUAGGCUCAAGGGUUUAACUAAGGAAGUGAGUUAUGCUAAUACUAGGUUUCAUGGUAAAGUAAUGGAUUCGAGGCCAAAUGAUGAUGGCACAGUUGAGGUUUUGUAUACGCCAAUUGCGGGUGCCUCUCCGAUGCCAAAGUCAGAUAGGGACGGGGACAAGGUUAAGAAGUAUGACCUGGACGACUUGAGGAAGACCCCUAAUCCAUUUUAUAUUGAGUCGGGAAAAAAGGCCGAGAAUGGCUAUAGUUUUGUUAGAACUCCUUCACCUAUGCCAGGUGUUGAUGAGUCACCGUUCAUCACAUGGGGUGAGAUUGAGGGAACUCCGUUAAGGUUGGAGCCAGAGGACACACCUAUUGAUAUUGGUGGUAGUGGAGAUGGGCCUCACUUCAGGAUCCCAUCGGCACCAGUACGAGAUGUAAAGGCUCAUUUGCUUUCUAGAGAGGCUGCUCGAAAGUUGAAGGACAGGUCUAAAAUGUUCCAGAAGCCACCAUUGCCAUCACCUGCCAGAGGGGGGAGUGCCAGUCCAAGUAUGCGGACUCUUUCUCCCGCUGCCCUGAAGUUCGUGAGGAAUGCGAUUUCUAAGUCUUCAUCGUCAGUUGAUGAAUCACUUCGAGCUAGUUAUCGAGGCGCGAGCCCCGGAACUCGGACUCCCAAAAGUGUCAGAAGCAUGUCCAGGUUUGGUAGAGAUGGGAGUUUGGAUUCCAGAUCUCCUUCUGUAAAAGAGAAUUUGAACCCUCCUUGGUAAUAGGUUGUGUGCCAUAAAUAAGCAAACAGUGAUAGUCUCCGGAAGUCUGGCUUUAUGUUAUUACUGGAGCAGAUAUGUUCUUAUACUUUCUAAAAGAUGUGGCUGUUUCUUGUUUAGUAUCUUUUUCUAUUUUCAUAACCAUUACAUUGUUUAAGAUAUUUGGUCGAAGGCUGCAGUUUCGAUGUAAAUUUUAAGGAUACUUAAGGACCCAGGAAAGGUUCCUUAUUUGGCAGUA